CCCACAACGCCUCUCUCUCGCUCUCUUUAUCAGCACAGACGCGUUUCUCUCCUCGUUUUCCACCGUUUAACAACUAACGUUUCGUAGAAGGGAGGGAAAAGAAAAAGAAGAAAAGGGGGAGAGUCUCAUCUCCUCUCUCUCUCUCUUCUGUUGGGUCGCUUUCCUUUCUGGAUAAAAGGCGAGAGUUAUUGAAAUUGCGGAAGAUUUACGAGGCAGUUUCUAGGGUCUAGAACUCACUACAGCUCUUGAAAUACCAUGGCUCAGUAAGUGGGGCACUAGAAUUCAUUCAGCCCACCAGACAUCGAUGGAAAAACCGGAAAGCUGGGCCCCUCAGGAUUCGACGUCCCUAACGACAUUCGUCCAGGCAGACACAAACACCUUCCGGGAGCUUGUCCAGCGCUUAACUGGUGCGCCUGACGAGGACCGCCAGGCCCCAACAGUGUCUCCUCCAACGGAUACUUCCAAAGGGACCCCACAAACGACCUCGGCCCAAAAGCCCAUAUGUGUCAAAAGGCCCACCUUCAAACUCCACGAGAGAAGGCAGUACUCAAGGCCGAAGUUAGAGAUAAUAAAACCCGGUUUCCACUUCAAACCGGGCCAACCGGUUCACUCACCCUCCAAACCCGGUCUUCAAGCAACCGAACCAGGUCUAUCCCCUUCCAAACUAGUCGGCUUUCCUACGACUCCAGCGAAUCAAUCCCCCUCGAGUACUGGCUAUAUCACAAGCCCUUCUACGGAUUUCUCGAACCUAUCGAUCCUCGACCGUGGAAAAUCGGAUUCUUCGGAUUUGAAUAGCGAGGAAGAAGAGCGGGCGAUCAAAGAGAGGCGGUUUUAUCUGCAUCCAUCACCCCGGUCUAGAUUGGGAAAUGCUGAACCGGAGUUACUCCCAUUGUUUCCACUCACUUCUCCAAGAGCCCAUGAAUCUUGAAACGGUUCUUCUAUUAUUAUUUUUUUUAAUAAGUUAAAAUGAAGUUUUUCUUGUGAAGUUAUGAUUCGUUAUUGAUUUAAAAUAUGAAUGGUUUAGAUUGGA